AUGGCUGAGCUACCGGGACCCGUGACAGAAAAGCUGCAGAUUUCUCCUAAAUUGGAGCAUCCGCUGACAGCUCACGCUCCCGCCAACAGGUAUUACGCCGCUCUGGUCACAGGAGACUUCCAAAGCCUCAAGGUCCUCACCGACAGGUACUACGAAGACGUCAACCUGGUCUUUGAGAUCAGUCAAGACGAGCUGGAGUGGCGGGGAAGAAGCCGAGCAUCUUACGGACUAUCAGGCUUGUGGUCACUGGAGUACAAGCGGGAGCUGAGCACGCCGCUGUGCAUCGCCGCCGGCCGGGCGGGUGGAUGGCGGGUGAAGCCGGCAAUGCAGGGAGCGGGCAGGCACGGCACGCCAACGGCUGAGCUAGGAGCCCUCGAAUACGGGGACUUUCGGGAGCUGCGGCCUUACCUCUGCGUCCAGGUGCUGCUCAACCACGGCUCCCAAAAGAUCUGGCCCAGCGCCUUCAUGAAGGUGUUGAAGUCCUGCGCAGCCGUGCCAGAGAUCAUCGAGAUGCUCUUCAAUUCCUACUCGCAAAUCGCUGUGUCAGAGACGUGGGCCGAGGCCAUUCCAGAGGAGGUGUUUCAGCAGCACCUGACCUUCUACGAGUCCCUUUUUCGGCUAUCGGGCACAGCGCGGUGCCUGCAACAUUUGUGUCGCUUUGCCAUUCGGAAAAAGUUUGGCAGCAAAUGCCACUGCCUGAUCCCCUUGCUGCCCGUGCCCAAGCCCCUGCGCGACUACCUGCUGCUGGAGCCCGAAGGAGCAGUGUUUUGA